GAGCUUGACAAGCGCGGCAAGACAGCCCCAAAACUGGCGACGGCGGAUUUCCCCAGCAAGAGCUACACCUGCCCCAAGACCGACGCGUAUACGGAGACCACCUACACCUCCGGGCAGCUGACGAAGGCAUACAUUGACGCUGCCAAGUAUGCCAACGAGGGUAAACAGCUUGGAAAGAACAAGUACCCCCACAACUUCGCCAACCACGACAAGCUACCUUUCGAGUGCGGCGCCGGCAAGCAGGAGUUCGCUCUGGACCGCGAGAAUCCCGCACGGGUCUACAGCGGCGGUGAUGUCAAGAAAUUGCCCGAUCGGUUGAUCUUCGAGUAUACUGGCACAGGCAAGACUGCGAGAGCGCGUUUCUGUGGCGUGAUCCGCCACUAUGAGGAUGGC